GUGAAGAUAUAAGGGUUUGACAGAGACCAAAUAGUAGCUGGAGCCCUGACGGCCAGACAUCAGUCAUCAUGUCAGAAGCAACUGUUACUGUGACGGCAGUGACCGAAUAUGAUUAUUCAGACUACUACGAACCUGGAAUUGAAGUGGAAUCUCCCUGCGACAGUAGUGGCAUGAUGGACUUCUGCAGAGUGUUCAUCGUUGUUCUCUACUCUUUGGUGAUCAAAUUUGGCUUCAUUGGUAAUGCCCUGGUGGUGUGUGUCCUGAUUAAGCAUCGGAAGCAGACAACAAUGACAGAUGUCUGUCUAUUCAACUUAGCUUUGUCUGAUCUUCUCUUCGUCAUCACGCUUCCAUUCUACACACAUUACACUCUGGUCAAGCAGUGGACCCACGGUGACUUUUUGUGCCAUUUAAUUGGUGGUUCCGUCAGCACCGCCUUCUUCUGCAGCAUAUUCUUCAUGGUUGUCAUGACAUUGGACCGCUACAUGGUGAUCAUGCAUGAUGCCAAGGUGGUCAAAUACCGAACUGCGAGAACAGGGUUCAUUCUCACGGUGGCUGUGUGGUUGCUGAGCUUCUUCGUCUCCCUUCCUUCUUUCAUCAUCACAUCAGAGACAAUGCAGCCUCACGGGCUGGGUUGCACUUAUGAACCAAAGAAUGCUGCCUGGGAGGCGUACACUGUUGCGACAAACAGCAUUUUGGGACUGGUGCUUCCUCUGCUGGUGAUGGUGCUGUGCUACUCCAGGAUCAUACCUGUCCUGAUGAGGAUAAGGAGUGCAAAGAAGCAACGCGUUGUCAAGCUGAUAAUUUCAAUCAUGGUUGUCUUCUUCCUCUUAUGGACACCAUAUAACAUUUUACUUUUUCUCAAAUUUUUGCAUUCUGAAUGGAAUUUCCUAAAUGACUGUGACUCUUUGAAAAAUUUAAAACUGUCACUAUCAGUCACUGAGACAAUUGCGUUCACUCACUGCUGCGUGAAUCCCAUCAUAUAUGCCUUUGUUGGACAGAAGUUUAUGAGGCGUGUCUUGCAGCUGAUUAAAUGUGUGCCUGGAAUUUCGAUCUCCCGCAGGCGUUCAUCAGGCUACUCUUCCCGGAAGAGUUCUGUCAUGUCCAAGUCCUCUGAGAGCAUGUUUAUCAUGUAGCUUUAAUUACAUCCAUCAGUCUGUCUGUCUGCCCGCCCUCAUCUCUCCAUCGAUCUAUCUAUCUAUUCAUCUGUACAUCCAUCCGUCCUUUCUUCCUUCCCUCCUUCCAAUUCAUCCAUUCAGCCAGCCCAGUGUCAAAAUGUUUGGUCUCAGUCACAGGUUGAGGGUCCUCAAACUAUGACCCAAAAUAUACAGCCCAAAACUUUUCUGUGGAAGACGCUGAAUUUGAAGUCUGGAUAGACAGCCUUCAAAGCUGAGACAGGAGUGGAUCAAAAGUCAUCAUUAACAAGUGCAGAACUUGCGUUUUGUUGGGAGUUUAACUGCAGGGACUGCUUCAAAAGGUUGUGAAAAAAAAAACCUAAAGAAUUGGUGACGUUUUUAUUCAGGUCAAGUGAUUUUUUUUUUUUUAAGUACCAUAAUUGAUAAAAGUAAUGAAUUUAGUUUCAUUAUAAUUUUAGUACAUUUUGAUUUAUACUACUAUCCUUGAACAUCCUACUCUUGGCCCCCCAGUGUCAUAUCUCAAGCAGACAGCCUCGAACUUGGGUUUUGAAUUGGACAGUGAUUUUAAAUUCAACCGACUAGUCAGUGCUGUUGUUAAAUCCAGCUUCUUUCAUUUUAGGCAACUGGCUAAAGUCCUUACCUUCCUUCCUUUCACAGCAGCACUUAGA